UUAAAUAAUAAAAAAAAAAAUCAUAUAUAACAACUACUCUGUCAACAAGCUAAAAUACUGUGAUGCAUCUGCUAACUUUUAUUGGCUUUUUGUGCAUUUGCUCCACUUAUAUUUUGGCUGUGGAUGCAAUAGGAAACGCAGACGUUGCAAUCGCUGCAGGGAAAGUUGAGGCGCAAUCAGCAGAUGCGCUGUUAUCCGUAGAUGUUGACACGCCACAUGAGAAUGAGGGUGGGCGUGUAGCACGACAAUUUGGAUUUGGUGGUUUUGGUAGGCGUGGUUUUGGUAGACGGGGUUUCGGGGGACGUGGUUUCCGAGUUUUCAGACGGAGGCGACGUUUCCGCGGUUGACCAUACGGGGCAUGAUGGAGAGAACUGGUUAUAUCAACUAUAAUGUUAGUAAUUUAAGGUGAUAUUGUUUGUAUGAAAAAUAAAUAUUUUGAAUGAGAAGUAAUAAAUUCUAAAUGUGAUAC